CUCCCCUCGGCCCCCCGCCUCCUCUCCCCCCUGCUGGUGUCCAGCCGUGUGGUGCGGCUGGGCUGGAAGGCCCCCGCCCAGCAGGAGGGGGUCCACACCUACGCUGUCUUCUACUCUCAGGAGGGCGUCCCCAGGGAGCGCUGGGUCAACGUGACGGAGGUGGGCAGUCUGGAGGUCAGUGUGUCCAAUCUGAAGCCGGAGCAGAGCUACACCUUCAGGGUGCUGGCCUACAACCAGGCCGGGGCGGGGCCUAGCUCCACCCCCCUCAGAGUCACCACCCAGCCAGACCUCCAAGUGCCCACCCAGGUGGCUCUGAGGGCGGAGCCUCUGUCCUCCACCUCCAUCCAGGUGAGCUGGGCUCCUCCCACCCAGCCCAACGGACCAAUUCUGGCCUAUCUGCUGUUGUGGGCGGAGCUGCCAUCGGGGAAGGAGCAGAGUGUGGAGGUCAGUGGGCGGAGCUUCAAGAUGGAGGGGUUGAAUAAGUAUUCAGAGUACGCCGUGCGUGUGCUCGCCCUCAACCGCCACGGGGCCGGCGUCUCGGCGGAAACCCUCCGUAUCGCCACGCUAUCUGACGUGCCCAGCGCACCCCCACAGAAUGUGUCGCUAGAGGUGGUCCUGUCCAGGAGUAUCAAGGUGUGCUGGCAGCCCCCUCCCCCAUCUUCACUGAAUGGUCUCAUCACGGCCUAUAAGAUCCGUUACCAUAGGAACGGUCGCCGUGGUGACCAGGAGGCCCUGGAGCCCAACAACUAUUGGUACCAGUUCACAGGUCUGGAGAAAGGGACUCAGUAUAGCUUCCAGGUGGCAGCCAUGACGGUUAACGGCACUGGACCAGCCAGCGAGUGGAUUUCUGCAGAGACCCCAGAGACCGACCUGGACGAGAGCCAGGUGCCCAACCAGCCCAGCUCUCUCCACGUAAGGCCCCUACCCAGCAGCAUCAUCAUGUCCUGGACGUCCCCCCUCAGCCCCUCCAUCCUGGUGCGGGGUUACAUCAUCGGCUACGGCGUGGGCAGUCCCUACGCCGAGACGGUCCGCGUGGACAGCAAGCAGAGAUUCUACACCAUCGAGAACCUGGAGCCCAGCUCCCACUACGUCAUCUCUCUGAAGGCCUUCAACAACGCCGGCCAAGGAGUCCCCCUGUACGAGAGCGCUGUCACCAGGUCUCUCUCUGACCCCCUAGACCCCCUGGAUGUGGUCGGUGUCGACGACGACCUCUUACACCCCUUUGACAAAUACCCGAACCCUGUCACAGAAUCCUCCUCCUCGCCCAACUCCAUGAUCCCGCCGGUGGGGGUCCAGGCUGCGGCGGUGUCUCCGGACGCCGUCCGCGUGUCCUGGGCCGACAACGCCCUCAGUCGUAACGCCAAGACGGUCGAGGUGCGCUUCUACUCCGUCAAGUGGAAGACCAGCUACUCUUCCAGUGGAAAGUACAAGUCUGCUGAUACCACCGCGUUGACCCACACUGUGACAGGCCUAAAGCCCAACACCAUGUACGACUUUGCAGUCAUGGUAACCAAGGGUCGAAAGUCAAGUACCUGGAGUAUGACGGCACAUGCCACCACCUACGAAGCCGCUCCUAGCUCCGCCCCUAAGGACCUGACGGUGAUCAGCCGCGAGGGGAGACCGCGGGCCGUGCUCAUCAGCUGGCAGCCCCCCCUGGAGGCAAACGGGAGGAUUACAGGCUACACCCUGUACUACACCCUGGACAAGAACACGCCCAUCGAUGAGUGGGUGAUGGAGACCCUGGGUGGAGACCGGCUCACCCACCAGGUUCUGGAGCUCAGCCUGGACUCCAGCUACUACUUCAGGGUCCAGGCCAAGAACACCAAGGGCCUGGGGCCCCUCUCAGAGCCUGUGAACUUCAGGACCGCCAAGGUGGAGCACCCAGAUAAGAUGGCCAAUGAUCAAGGCCGGGGGGGAGACCACGCCUACUGGCCCCCUGAUGGAAACCUGAUUGACCACAGCAGCAUUAAUGGCCCUCCCAUUGGCCAGAUGCGUCCGCCCCAUGGAGGCAGUGCCACGCCCCAACACAACGCCAACAUGCUGGUGGUCGUCGUGGUUUCUGUGGGAGCGGUUGCCAUGGUGAUGGUGGUGGUGGUCGCACUAAUAUGCACCCGCCGCUCCUCCCACCAGCAGCGGAAGAAGCGAGCCACCCACCACAGUGCCGGGGGUAAGAGGAAGGGCAGCCAGAAGGAGCUGCGGCCCCCCGACCUGUGGAUCCACCACGAGGAGAUGGAGAUGAAGGCCCUGGAGAAGGGCAGCGCGGGGGCGGGGCCAGGCUCCCUGGGCGGAGGGGAGGGCGGGGCCUCUGGGUGUGACACGCCCCUCCAGCACAUCCAGGACCUCCCACACGUAGCCCACAGCCAAUCAGAGAGCCAGAUUGGGAGCAAGAGCAGCCACUCUGGAGCCGAGGGGGACGACGGCUCCAGCAGUAUCUCUACUCUAGACCGCCCCAUGGGGGCCCGGAGGCCCACCAGAGGGAAGAUGAUCCCCAUGGACGCCCAGCCGGCCAACACCUCGGUGGUGAGUGCCAUCCCAGUCCCCUCUCUGGAGGGUCAGUACCCGGGCUUCUCCCACGGGCAGUACACCCUGAGAUCCAUGCCCCUACCCAGCCUGACCCUGGACAGAGGCUACGGUACAGACCCCGCCCACUCUCUCCUGCAACAACAGGCUCCGCCCCCACACAUCACCGCCCACGCCCCUGGCCCCGCCCAACCCUUGGUCGUCGAGGAAGCCCAGGGCAAUCACGGUGUCACUGUUGCCGCGGGGACCACCCGAGCGAUCCCGACAGCGUGCGUGCGACCGAGCCACCCCCUGCGGAGCUUCGUCAAUGCUAACGCCGCUAGCCCUAGCGUCACCGCGUCGCCCGGCAGCAGCUGCUGCGGGGGAGGCAAGUCGGUCCCGCCCCUGCUGCCCCCGCCCAUGGUGGCCAUGUUGGAGCCCAAGGUGUACACGACCAUGACGGGACCGCCCGGGUCCAUCGCAGUGUCCACUAAGACGGCGUCUCUCGGCCAGGCGGGAAAGGCUCGCUCGCCGCUUCUUCCGGUUUCCGUGCCAACAGCACCAGACUUCCUGGAGGAAGGAGGGGGGAGCAAGCAAGUGUGCACAGAAGACGCGGCUAAUGUCUACGAGCAGGACGAUCUCUCGGAGCAGAUGGCUAGCCUGGAGGGCCUCAUGAAACAGCUCAACGCUAUCACAGGGUCCGCAUUCUAGAACCCUCUUGAACCCUUCAGAACCCUUCUAGAACCCUUCUAGAACCCUUUCCCCUCCCCAACCCAUUAGCCUUAUUCACUCGGCGGCCAUCUUCAGUUCCAAACGACACCGGGUGAUUCCUGAACUGGCGUUUGCUUUGUUGACUGCGUUGCCUGCCUGAACGCACGUCAGAACAAGAAACUUGUAGGAGUAAACGUCCCCUACCCUUAGGCCUUGGCAGAGAGUCAACUAGAAAGCUAGGCCAACUAUUGCCUUGCUUAUCAACGUUUAAAACAAUAUUGUUACUAAACACAUAGGACGCAUUACAAUAUUCAUAAGGGAGGCCCCCCGCGUCGUUCUUAAUUAAAGACGGCUGCAGAGUGAACCCGCCCCCACCCAAUCCCCCACCCCCUGACGACCCCAUGGCCAGGCUUGUGGACGCCAAGGAGACCAGGACCAGCCCAUAAUAACCAACAAAAACCUCUGUUCACCAAGGUGACACCUGGUCCAGCUCUACUUCCUGUGCGUUGUGGGCCUCACAGGAAGUCAGACAAACCUUAACCCCCAGAUUGGAUUGGACCUGAACCUCUUGACCAAUCCCAUCCAACAUGGAUCAUUUUCAUAGAAGGUCUUCGAAACACCUCCUGAAACUGACAGACAACAAACUGCGAGAACCCAAACUGUGAAUCCAAACAAACAAAAGAUGCCAAACUCUUCUCCUCUUGUUUCUCUUCCAGAAAAUGAACUGAAACUGUUUGUCUGUUUGUUUUUGUAAUAAUCUCCCUGACUCAUCAUGGUGUGAGGAUGAGGAGCAGACAGUUGUAAAUAUUACAAACCUCCAUUUAAAUCUGUUUUCUAUUGGUCGAUAGAUUGUUUGGAUGAAUAGUGAUAUUUAUAUAAGUCAGACCCCGAAGAGGAUGAUGAUGCCGACGAUGAUCAAGAAGAAGUUGAAAAUUGAGAUGAAGAUGAGUUGUUACUAUGUAGAAAUAUCUUGGAAAACGGAAUACCCAUUUUCAAGGACACACCAAUACCGAUAAUAGACAUCAGUUUGUUAAAUAAAUAGGGUGUCAAUAUGAUAUCACUGUAGAAUAAACACUUUCAAGAUCUAUGAACUAGUUAGUUGAGUUUGAGUUAGUUAACACAUCGCUGUUUUGUGUGUUUUAGUGUUUCUAGAAUGUUGGAAGAAAUGUGGACAUUUAUAUUCUUACAUUUACAGUCCAUGUCUGGUAGUUUUGAAGAGAAUAAAGGUUAUGGUUUGAAACCCUGACUUAAAUACUACUUAAAGGGACAGAAUUGUAGUUUGUCUCUGUUUGGCCAAUAUCAGUUUGCCCAUUGGUCGAUAUUGGUGUGUCCCCAUUGGCUGAUUAUCUCUAUUCCUAUAGGUCAAGACUCACCAUUGGUGUGUUCCAUUUGACUGAUACUGCUAUUCUAUUGGCUGAUAUCAGUGUGUUCCUAUUGGUUGACAGUGGUGUGUUCCUAUUGGCUGAUAUCGACGUGGUGAUGCUAAAUGGCAUUUUAUGCUUUUUUAAUUAUUAUUUUCUGCACAUCUAGAAUGAGACUCAUGCUCAGAGACCUGCAUUGUGACGAUAUUAUUGCUAUUAUAAUUAUUAUUAAACUAUAAUCACUAUUACCACUAUUAUUAUUAUUAUUAUGAUACCAAGUAUGAUUAUUAUUAUUAUUACUAUGACUGUUAUUUUUAUUAUUAUUGUUAUUAUAAUUAAUAUAAUUAUAUUAUUAUUAUUAUGCCCAAAGGAACAGAUGUUUCAAGUAUGGAAAAUAUAUUGCAUAGUUUUCCUGGCCUUGUUUGCAGGAACAGAUGUGAUUAUCAUCAGGACUUGUUACCACAUUCAACAAAUAUUGCUUUUAUUUUUAAAUUAAAUUAUUUUAUAUAACUAUAUUUAAAUGCUGUACCUUUUGUAUGGUUUUGAUUAAUGUACCUAUUGCCCAAUGUGUGCUUGCUUUUUCUCAUUUUAGUGUUGCAUUUAUUUACCUGAUUUUUGUUUAAUUUAUUCAUUUAUGUUAUAUUUAUUUAUUUUUUGCUCGGUCACUGUGCUUAAUAUCCCAGAUUUGAGAUGUUGACGAAAUGUUCCUUUAAACCAUGUGAUGAUGAUGAUGAUGAUGAUGAUGAUGAUGAUGAUGAUGAUGAUGAUGAUGGUGAUGAGGAAGAUUCUGGAAGUAAUAAAAUGUACAGUUUCUGGUU